AUGUCGCAAGGAUCAAGGAGCAUCGCUAGGGUAUAUCCCGAGGUGAAUGAGAAGCUUGGAAGAGCGUGGUGGGACUAUGACAACCUGGUAGUUCAGUGGGGCGUGCAGGACAACUACGAGAUUGUUCGCAAAGUCGGUCGAGGGAAAUACUCCGAGGUGUUCGAAUCGAUACAUCUCCCAACGAACCGAAAGUGCAUCGUCAAGGUGCUCAAGCCGGUCAAGAAGAAGAAGAUCAAGCGGGAGAUCAAGAUUUUACAGAAUUUGGCGGGGGGACCGAAUGUCGUGGCUUUGCUGGAUGUCGUACGGGAUAAUCAGUCCAAAACACCAUCUAUCAUUACUGAAUAUGUCAACAACACCGAGUUCAAAACCCUCUAUCCCAAAUUCACCGACUUUGACGUCCGAUACUACGUCUUUGAAUUGCUCAAAGCCCUCGACUUCUGCCAUUCGAAAGGUAUCAUGCAUCGCGACGUCAAGCCUCAUAACGUUAUGAUUGACCACGAGAAGCGAGAGCUUCGCUUGAUCGACUGGGGACUGGCCGAAUUCUAUCACCCCGGCACAGAAUACAACGUACGAGUCGCGAGCCGAUACUUCAAAGGACCGGAGCUGCUGGUGGACUUCCAGGAGUACGACUAUAGUCUGGACAUGUGGAGUGUGGGAUGCAUGUUCGCAAGCAUGAUCUUCCGCAAAGAACCAUUCUUCCAUGGACAUGACAACUCGGACCAGCUCGUCAAGAUCACCAAAGUCCUCGGUACCGAUGAGCUUUUCACAUAUCUUGAACGCUACGAUAUCGACCUCGACUCGCAAUUCGACGACGUGCUCGGCCGAUACCCGCGCAAACCAUGGAGCAAAUUCAUCACGUCUGAAAAUCAGCGAUACAUCUCGAACGAGGCGAUCGACUUUUUGGACAAAUUAUUGAGGUACGAUCAUCAGGAGAGGUUGACGGCCGAGGAGGGUCAGGGCCACGCGUACUUUGAACCGGUCAGAGAAGCAGCGAGGAAGGCGGGGAGAUCAUGA